AUGCUGGGGCGUCUUUGCUCACCAACAUGCUCUGCCGCAGUUUCCCUAACGAUUCGGAGCUGCUCUGUGCCUGCAGAAAAGACAUUGGAGGCAGUAGCAGUCGAUGUUGAGGGAGGUGGACCUCGGCUUGAUAUUUCGGGUCUCAAGCCCCGACAUCGUGUGAUCGCAGCUGGCGGUAUGCCGCCGCUCGAAUUCGAGUGGGAACGCAAGCGAAGCGCUCAGCGAGAACGCUUUGGCACCUACGGCUUAAAAAGUGGAGUUGAUCCAUCGAUUUGCUGGCCUACAGUCGAGGAAAUUGAGGAGGAACAGGCAGUAGGUCUCUAUCGUGAGUACGACACAUGCGUUAGGGAAAUGAAAGCACUGAAGCAAAAGAAGGCUGCCAAAGAGGCUGCAAGGAUAGCAGAAUUGGAGAAGAAUCUCAAAAAGUAUCCAGAAGUACUUGCCAAGUACGAGGCUUCACAAGUUAAGGCCGAAAAGGAGCGUGAUGAGAAGGAGAUAGCGUUGGAGAAUCGAAUACGAGAGAUACAGGAAUACUUCGGCUAUUGGAUGGACCCGAAAGACCCACGAUUUGAAGUUAUGCUUCAGCAAAAGGAACAAGAGGAGAAAAAGGCAGCGAAGCUUGCGAAAAGAGCAGAGAUGCAGAAAAAGAAGAUUGCGGAAAUAAUGACAGAUGUGACGAUGAGUCAGGUAGAGCCAGCGGCUGUUCCAUGUUCUACAAAAAAGCCAGCGGUACCGUCAGUAGAGUGCAGUUUGCAUCCAUUAGUCAUUAUAAACAUGUCCGAGCACUGGACGAGGAUGCGAGCACAAAGUCGGGACAAAACUGCUCAGAAGGUGUUUGGAGCUGUCUUGGGCAAGGUCGACGAGGGCCACGUUGAAAUGGUCAAUUCAUUCGAGUUGCGAAUGUUUACGCUUGAUGGACAUGUUAGGUUUAAUGAAGAAUUUUUACGUCAAAGGCUCAGCCAGUAUAAAGAGGUCAGUUUCUGUCAUCUUCCCUCAGCUUUUGAAAUUACCUUGAUUUUUUUUCAUUUUUCGAAGAACAAACCAGGCAAACUGAUACUGCUGAAGAAAGAAUGUGCAGAUGAAGUAGCAGCCAAAUGCGAAUUUUCCUUCCGAACGUGUGUUCAUACAUUUCUUCGGCGUUGUGAGCAUGCUGAGCGAAAAAGUAUAGUUCCAAUCUUUAGCUCUGGAUCGACCUAUAACUUCUCUUCACUCAAAACCGUGGCCUUUCUCCAAAAAAAAAAACGAAACGCCUAA